AUGCCAGCCGAACCUGAAAAUCUCUUGGUCAUUCCAAACUCCACCAGCUCUAGUCUUGAGACACUAGACAGUGGUGAGCCAUAUGACACUCCGUUGAGCCAGCCAAGGCUGGGGACGUUGUUUGGCUCCAUUUAUCUGCAUGAAGAUAUCAGCCUUUACGAGCUCAUGGAGACAUUGCUUGACUCUGAAGAUAUUGAACUUUUCGAGAACUCAAUCAGGCGUCAGUUGUCGGUUUUCUCCGGAGCAUUGGACUUACUAGACACUCAAAGUUUGGGUUCUGCCUACGCCUCAGACGAAGUAUCUGAAGCUUCUGAUACUUCGCAUAUUUCAGAGCUCUCGAAUGUGUCAGACGUUUCCAGUCAAUCCGAAGUAUCCCAAACUUCAGACAUUUUCGAAACAACGGAGAACCCAGAUGAUUAUACGGAUUCAGAUAUAUCGGAUGAUACAGGGAAUCUUUAUGAUAUCGAUAUUCCUUAUGACUCAGACUCCUCCAUACUUUCGGACUUUUCUGAUGACAUUUUCAACGGAUCGUUACUCCCGAGCCUCUUUGGAGUUUUUCAUUCCUUGUUCUCGAGGAACCCUACGGCAUUUUAUCCCUACACAGAACUCGGUAGAAGCCUCUAUGAAUCUCAAGAUGAUGCCGAAAUCCGGAAUGAACUUGACACCCACAGCGAGAUUGAGACUAGGAUUGAAGAUGAAAUCCGUAAUGGCAUCGAUCCCAGAGACAUCGCCAGUGUCAACAAAAUUGUGCGUCUUAGCAAUGAAUUUGAGAUUAUCGAGGAUAUUGGUCAGUCUGACACAGAUGACGAUAUGGCGGAUCUUUCAAGUGUCGAGGCAGAAAAGGACACUGAGUGUAUUUUCAGUGAAGGUACUGCGGUAAGUCUUGGCGGAGACAUUCCUUCGGAGUCCCAGAGAUGUCAUCUUCAUGAUACAACCCAUAUCACGCCAAGUGUUAGAACCUAUGCGGAUGUUAGCAGAUCCUAUUCAGCUACAUCUCAGAACAAGCACAAAAUGUCUUCCAGUCAUGCUGAUAGUGAAAGCUGGCAGUCAAGAAAAAGAAAACAGACUCAGUCGCCUCCUUUAUAG